AUGCCACGCAGUUCCACUGGCGGCCCAGGUCGAUUCGGAUUGACCUCCAACGACACGGAGGGUCUGACCCAUAUCGGGCUUCGGCAGACGUCUGGGGUGACUCAACAGCCAUGCCUGGAUAUACCCCUAUUGUUACCGUCGAACUACUACUACUACUACUACUACUACUACUACUACUACUACUACUACUACUACUACUACUACUACUACCACUACUACUACUACUACUACUACUACUACUACUACUACUACUACUACUACUACUACUACUACUACUACCACUACUACUACUACUACUACUACUACUACUACUACUACUACUACUACUACUACCACUACUACUACUACUACUACUACUACUACUACUACUACUAUUACUACUACUACAAAGCACAUACGGUGAAACGGAGAAUCGUCUCGCCCAAGUCCUUCAGCUCUCAAGUUCUGUCUCGGGACGUACUUCACGUCUGGCGGAAAAAUUUACGAGCCGGUGAAAGCCACGCCAAUGGGUUCACCGAGUUCGGGACUCGUAGCUCAGGCGGUCCUACAGCGGUUAGUGUCGCUAGUCUUUUGACACCACAGCACGAAAUUCUGAGCUUUGGUAUGUGGAUGGUAAAUUCGUCAUCAUCGAACGAGGUGAGGUUUUAAUGUUCCAAGAACAUCUCAGCAAUGUCUUCCGUGGCAUAAAAUUUACGAUGGAGGGGAAGAAAACGACCAGCCGGCCUUCCUUGAUGUUCUCGUCUGCCGCAAAGAGUGUGGUAGCCUAAACACCAAAGUAUUCAGGAAAGCGAUAAAUACGACGAAAGUACUGAAUUUCAACAGCAACCACCCAAUCAGCCACAAACGCAGUUGCGUAAGAACGCCACAUCGACGUGUUGAGACGCGCUGCAGUAAACCGGAAGGCAAUAUUGCCGAAUUUCAGCAUCCUCGACGGCUGCUCAAAAAAUAUUACUAACCGCGCAACUUCGUCAACCGGUGCAUGCGCAAACGAGACUAACGGCAAAAUCACACCGACCUCAUAAUUAGUGAGCGAUUCCGUACAUCAAGAACGUCUCGGAGGCCGUCAGCCGCUUCCUCUUACUAGUUGAAUUUGGAGUUGAACAUAGACUGUGGGCAAUCAUUUGACGUCAGAUGAUCAGACCAAAAGACCCACUGUCACGGCAAGAAGCAUAAGAUCUGGUGCAGGUGCGGGCAGGGCAACUACGUCGGAGAAACUGGAAGAAUGUUUUGGACGCGAAUCGUCAAACACGCGGCAACAGUGUGGGGAAAUGACGUUAACUCUCAAGUCGCGGCUGAUUCGACGACACCCGGCCACACAUGCAAGCUGAAUGAGCUCGAGAUUCUCGUGAGAGGUGAUAAUUGUGUGAGCCGCGAUUUGCUUGAGUCAUGGUUCACAUGGCCCCAGUCUAUUAACAAGUUCAGUGACCUCCACACUCCAUUUUCGAUGGUGAGACUUAGUCUGACCAAAGUAGUUAGCCACUCGGGGAGCGCGCAACCCGGUGAACCACUCGGCCGACCAAUCGUCACGCCAACAUCCAAUAUGCUUCAAUGCAAUUAACGGUUUGCAUGACGGCAGUCAAGCGAUUAGCGCACCAGAGGGCAGACAUCCUCGAUGAAAGCGGCGCCGUUAAUUGUCGUAGUUAUGCAGUAGCAUAACGAGUGAAUACUAUAAAUACGCGACUUCCUCUGUGUGUGAUUUACCCGUAUCCGAUACUGUUUAUGAUGACUGAUUCAAGUGUGGAUCCGAAACGUCAGGCGAGUAAGGCUCUUGUUCCAUCAAUCGCUUCUACUUCUUCGCAAAUACGAGAGCACCCUGAAUUCUUCACCCAAAUACCGGAAAAUUAAAGGACACACCUAAAAAGUAUUUCAACAAGAUCGCCAGACCGGGCAUGUUGCUAUAAAAACUGGGGUGUAAAUCUUCGGGAUCAGCUAAAUGGGUCAGGACAAGACGAAGCGGCAUACACGCAAGAGGGCCGUACUGAGAACUGGCGACACAAAUGUCUAGCUCCUGCCAAUGCGUUUCUACGAUCAGUCGACAUUUCUGGCCGGAAUGGUCCCGUUGGGUACCUUCAGGUCCACCACAAUGCCCGCACAAGCAACUCACCCUCCACAUCACAUGUUGUGACGACCACGACCACCCCUCCCACCUGCCCUCGCUGCAACACCUUGAGGAGCAAUGGUUAGGCUGGGUGCUUGCGAUGGUCGACCUAUUGUUUAAUUGCGCCAAUGCAGCCCCUGUCACGUGGCUGGCUGCAGAUUCCGGCCGUUUUUUUCUCGCCAGUCACCCGCCCGCUCUGGCCGACGGGUGCGUGUGUGCGGCACAUGCCACCAUUGCGCCGCUUGGCCUCAGAGUGACAGUUACGUAGGUCUCGCGCUCUGGUGGCGCCGGCGACGGACGCGGACGCAGAGGGCGUGACCCUCUAAUCGCUGCCGUCAGGGGCCGUAAUGAGAUUCACGCCAUUUAUGGUCCGAUAUGAGACAUUUCAAGUGUAUGAAGGUCAUGACUAGCUUUGAUGGCAAACGCCAACUAGAAGCAUUCAAGAUGGCGAAUGUAUCACCUUGCCUCCACUUCAAAUUGACAACGGGCCAAACUAACUAUCUUUUUAUUUAUUCGUGCUAUCGGUGUGCCACUCACCUUAGGGCUGUGCCGAAUUUGCCGGUUGUGCGUCAAUGUACGCAGUAUUACUUCACACUGAUUGGUAUUUGCGUCACGAUGAGGUAAGUUAUUGCGAUGAAUGCCGGCUCAUAGGGCUCCUCUAUGACUAAGGACAACUGUCAAAGUCGCUGUAAUUUCACCCACCAUAAACUUUCUGCCUUUCGAUCGUCUGACCGCUCAACAAAGACGGCCAAAUGCGGAGGCAUCAUGGUGACAUCUACUUAGCGUGCAUCGGUCAGCUAUCUAUGCUUCCUUCUUCUCAUCUCUCUGGCGUCGACAAGGUUUCAUUUGAUCUUCCACCCUGGCUAGCUAUACCGCCGGCUUAAAUCUCAGAGGAACUGCUCGGGGUUUUGACGAUGUCAAAACCGACAUGGGCAUCCGUUUACUGACAUUGGCUACGCUGACGACACUGCCGUGUCAGCUCUAAGCUGUACUAACUCACGGAAUGUAGUCUGGGGGUGAACAAAGCUGUAAAGUUGGUCUGUUUAUCUACUAGUGCUACGAAAACCAACGUGUUCUCUCUCUCUCUCUAUGUCUCUGGCUAAGAAAGGACACCAUUUGCAAUUACUACCCGCCAAACUGAAUAACCGGGCAGUUUAAAAUCUAUCAGGUGGAGUUGCCGCCGAGCCAUGGGAUUUUUAUUUUGACACCAAUUUAUAGGUAUCGCCGAGGAAAAAUCGACAAGGACGCACCCAAACACCGAAAUGCUGACAAACAAAAUAAACCACCGCGCAUUACACCUCGAUGCCCUCUCAGUGGACAGAGUAAAGACGACAUAA